AUGGCAGGGUUCGCUUUAUUCCUCUCUCAUCCUGUAUGUAUUUGCUUUCUGUGUCUAUUGAUGGCUUUUAUUUCUUUCUACCUGGCAACUGCCACCAGAAAAUCAGCUUUUAAAUUGCCGCCUGGGCCGACGCCUCUUCCUCUCAUUGGCAACUUGCACUUGCUGGAUAUUAAAAGGCAAGACAAAUCCAUCAUGAAGCUCGCCAAGAAAUAUGGGCCGGUGUUCACCCUCCAUUUCGGGUUCCAGAAAGUCGUGGUGCUGACUGGCUACGAAGCCGUGAAGGAGGCCCUUGUGACUUUCACCGACGAAUUCGUGGACCGACCCCCGAUCCCGAUAUUUGAAGAGAUUCAGCAUGGAAAUGGCCUUUUCUUUUCCACCGGGGAGCUUUGGAGGACGACCCGGAGAUUCACCAUGUACAGCAUGCGCACCCUUGGCGUGGGGAGGAAGCUGAUGGAGGACUGGAUUGUGGAAGAACUCCGUUUCCUUGCCGAGAACAUUAAAUCUUUCCAAGGUGAGCCCUUCCACCUGAGAACUUUCAAUGCUGCUCCGACCAAUAUUACAUUUGUGCUGCUGUUUGGGGCAAGAUUUGACUACAAGGACCCAACCUUCCUGACUCUGCUUAAACUCAUAGAUGAGGUUAUGUGUCUCCUCGGAUCUCCAUACUUGCACCUGUUCAACUUUUACCCGUUCCUUGGUUUUUUUCUCAACGCUCACAAAAUAUUACUCCAAAAAGUCGAAGAGGUCCGUGUCAUUAUUCGGGAGAACAUGAAGAAAAGCAGAGAGGCUACGAAUGGCCAUGGCCUCAGAAGCUACACAGAGGCCCUGAUUGCGAAACAGCAAGAGGAUAUGAACAAGAAAGAGACCCUUUUUCAUGACGACAACUUGAUCGCAUCCAUACUGGACCUUGUCAUGGCUGGAACGGAGACCACAGCAACAACCUUGCAAUGGGCGAUUCUGCUGGUGAUGAAGUACCCAGUGAUUCAAAAGAAGGUUCAAGAGGAAAUCAGGCAAGUGGUGAAACCCGGCGGCUGGCCCACAUAUGAAGACCGGAAGAGCAUGCACUUUACCAAUGCGGUGAUCCAUGAGGUGCAGAGGUUUAUCACAUUGCUGCCACAUGUUCCUCGCUGCACAUCAGUUGACAUGCAGUUCAGAGGCUACUUUCUCCCAAAGGGAACGAUGGUGAUUCCUUCCCUCACUUCGGUGCUCCUCGAUCCACAUCACUGGGAGACGCCCCACGAGUUCAACCCGAACCAUUUUCUUGACGCAGAUGGGAAGUUUGUCAAGAAGGAAGCUUUUGUGCCUUACUCCCUAGGGCGCCGGAACUGCAUGGGGGAGAGCCUGGCGAAAGCAGAGCUUUUCUUAUUCUUCACGGGCUUGUUGCAGAAAUUCACUUUCCAGCCCUCACCAGGCGUUACAGAAGCAGAUUUGGACUUGAACGUUCCGGAGACGACCUUCACUUUAAGACCACAGCCUCAGCUGGCCUGUGCCAUUCCCCGCGACUAA